GGUGAUUUGCCGUGACCUUUCGACUUGGAUCCGAAUUGAGCCUUAUGCGGAUACAAUUCCGGAUAAGAUUGCUCUGACUGGUCCGUCGUGGGCGGCCAAAUACACGCAACCCCAUUGGAGCGUAUACCUUUGUCGUGAAGUGCGAUUGGCGAAUUUUAUACCUUGUAUUCAGUAAGCCAUACAAAUACCCAGUGAAAAUACUCCAGCCCCUUCGUCACCGUCAGUUGACCUCACCUUUCUUGACGAAAAGCACCCUGACAAGAUGAGCUCUGCCACCGCCAAGGAACUCCAAGCUGAAUACCAAGCUGCCCGCGUGCAGACCAAGAACUGGAUCCAAAACGCGAAGAAGUCCAUUGCCGUGCGCAACGCCGCUGGUCCUCCCACCGGCCCCGCCCAGUUCAUCCAGCGCUUUGCGUACAACUACGGCACCCGCCACGUGCACACCAACUCGGUGGCCCCCCUUGUUCACAUCCUCCUCAUUGUCGGCGCGACUGGGAUCACCACGGCCUACUUGGGUCGCCACCGCAACAAGCAUGCUGCCCAAGCCGCCAAGAAGGGUGACCACCACGAUGCCCACCACCAUUAAGUAGUUCCUGGACACGUGUCGAAAUAGCACUACUGUUGCUCUUGAUCGACGAUGGUAACGCCGCAAAACCCGAUGUAGAUGAGUCAAAGCAUGCGUGGGUGUUAUAACAUGAUGAUGCCAAUACAUGCAAGAUUCUCACCACAAUCACACCUCUUGUCCAUGACGUCACAGCUCAGGGCACUUCCAGCACAAUUCCGUUGAUCACCCAUGACGACCAACCAAAGCGCGU